GCUCGAAGAUGUCUGUCACAAAGGAAUUCAUGAUGCUCAUGGCCUUGGACGAGAUGCCCGUGUCGGGGUGCACCUGCUUCAGCACUUUAUAGAUGUAGAUGGAGUAGCUCUCUUUACGGCAUCUCUUCCGUUUCCGACCCUCCUUCUUCUGAGUCUUGGUGACCGCUUUCUUGAAACCUUUCUUGGAAAUGGUAGUGCCCUUUGCGGACACCUCCGGCAUCGUGAAAGUAACCUUUCACACCCCCAGCGGCUCAAAGGAGUUCCAACUGCUGAGAACACACAGUCUAUUUUUAAACUGAGAAGAGUGGUAUUUAUAGGUGUGGACCUCAAAUGACGUAUGAGCAUACGUUAUCUGAUUGGGUAAUAAGGGCUCUGCGCAUGCAAAUAAGGGGGAUUCAAGUAGUGCUUCCUGAUUGGCUAGCCCGUUAUCAACCAGCCAAUCAGGUGGCAAUUAUGACCUUCCAUCAGACUAUAAAUAGGCCUAGAACCGCUAUUUUGCUUUCAUUCGUCUUAAGGCUUUUGGAGAACGAUGUCUGGACGUGCAAAGCAGGGCGGCAAGGCUCGCGCCAAGGCGAAGUCCCGUUCUUUCAGGGCCGGCCUGCAGUUCCCUGUGGGUCGUGUUCAUAGGCUCCUUCGCCAAGGGAACUAUGCCGAGCGCAUCGGGGCUGGCACACCAGUGUACCUGGCGGCCGUGCUGGAGUACCUGACGGCCGAGAUCCUGGAGCUGGCUGGCAACGCGGCCCGCGACAACAAGAAGACGCGCAUCAUCCCGCGCCACCUGCAGCUGGCCAUCCGCAACGACGAGGAGCUCAACAAGCUGCUGGGCCGCGUGACCAUCGCGCAGGGUGGCGUCCUGCCCAACAUCCAGGCGGUGCUGCUGCCCAAGAAGACCGAGAGCCACCACAAGGCGCAGAGCAAGUGACUCCCAGAACAAGUGACUGUGCUCAAUAGUUUGAAACAAACGGCUCUUUUCAGAGCCACCUUCAUUUUCAGAAAA